AUGUCAUUUAUGCAAGAAAUGGAAACAACUCCGAUGGAAGCUCGACAAAUUUAUUCAAGCCAAAAAGAAGUAAUGAAGAAAAUAGCUGAAUUUUCAGGAGAAGCUGAUGAAAUCGAUAUUGAUGAAUGGAUUUUUGAUUUAAAUAAUUUAUUUUCAUUAAUGAAAUUAAAAGAUGAAACAAAAGUUCUCGAAACAAUGGGCAAAUUAACAGGACCAGCAUUACGGUGGUAUCAAGAAAAUUUAAGAUCAUUCAUUACUUGGAAUGAUGCUGAAAAAGCAAUACGUGAUCGAUUCAAAGAAUUUACAUCCAACAGUCAAUUAAUGCAAGAAUUUUUUAAUAUUCAUCAAGAAGAGAACCAAUCCGUUAUAUCAUUUUAUGAAAAUGUAAUUCGGAAAUAUAGAAAAUCUCGACAAUUUAUUACUGAACAACAAGUUAUCACAGUAUUACAAAAUGGUGUUAAAAAUUCAUUAAAAGAAUAUUUAAUUCGUAAUGAAAAAGAAAUUAAAAUACCAGAAGAAUGGUUGCAAUUAGCAAAAGAAGAAGAAUAUAUACAAAAACGAAUUCAACAACAACAUAAUGGUUUAUAUUCUGGAACAAAAAAUAAAACAUUUUUUGAACAUAUAUUACCGACUGCAACUGCUCAACCAACACCAUCGAAUUUUCAAUUGUUGAGUCGACAGCCCUUUACAUCACGUCAUUACUAUAAACAACACCAUCAACAACUACCAUCAUUAACAAACAAUCGAACACAUCCAAAACAAAAUAAGUUUAUGAAUCUUAAACAACAUCGGGAAAAUUAUCCAGAAAAUAAAACACAAAAAUCCAAUCCAUCACUUAUCGAUACCGGAUCGGCCAUCACUAUUAUACAUCAACAACUAUUAAAUGAUAUACCACAUGAAAAAUUAAUACCAAAAACAAUAAAUCAUAUAUCUGCAAAUUGCUCAACAUUAGAUAUUGUUGGUGAAAUACCUUUAGAAAUAAAUGUUAAUGGAAUAACAACAACAAUUAUUGCUGAUGUUACAACCAAUCUGGUUACGAAUUUAAUAUUAGGUAGUGAUUGGAUUCAAUCAAACAACGUUUAUAUUCUUACACCUGAACAACGAAUUAUGAUCCAAAGUCGAGGUAAAGAAGUAUCAACUCCUUUUGUAAAACCACCUCUUUUAAAUUAUCCAGUUACUCUUAUUAAUCAUAUUACUCUUCCUCCUUUUUCAGAAAAAAUAGUAGAAGCACAAGUUCAACAUAACAAUAUGAUAGAUGUAUUAUUUGAACCAAAUCCUCGAUUAAAAAAUAAAGCAUUAUUUACUGCAACUGCAUUACUGAACAUUGAAAAUAGACGAAUAAUAAUUAGUAUAAUUAAUGCAACGAAUCGACAACAAACACUUUCCGAAGGAACCAAAUUAGGUAUAGUGACACAAUUAUCUUCUACAAUUGGUGUUACCAUACCAUCAAAUUAUUUGAUAGAACGCAUUCCGGAAGGAAAAGCGUGUAAAGAGCUCAUUCCUGAAGGGAAAGGAGCGAAUAAAUCAAAUAAAUUAAAUGGUAACAACAUACCAACUAUAGCAUCACACGGAAAACAACAUCAAUGUCGUAAAUGUUAUCAACAUUUUGAUACUAGCAAUGAAUUAUUCAAGCAUCUUAGAAAUCAAUGUUAUCCUGACGAAAUAAGACAGCAAAUAAAUAAAUUAACUGAACAUAUUAGCGAUGAUAAACAACGAGAACAAAUUUUAAAAAUUUUAUGGAAAUAUGGAAAAUUAUUUGACAUUAGUGAACCGUCAAAAAUUGAUAUAAUUUUAAAAAAUGCUAUUGAUACUGGUACACACCGUCCUGUUCAUACUGCACCAUAUAGAAAAUCAAACAAAGAUCAAGAAACCUUAAGAAAAGAAACAGAUAAAUUAUUAAAAAAUGGAAUUAUUGAACAUUCAACAUCACCAUGGUCUUCACCUGUCGUUUUAGUAAAAAAGAAGGAUGGAACAACAAGAUUUUGCGUCGAUUAUCGUCGCUUAAACCAAAUUACAACAAAAGAUGCUUUUCCAUUACCAAGAAUUGAUGAUAUUUAUGACCAAUUAACAAAAGCAGCAUAUUUUACAAAAUUUGAUUUUAAAGCUGGAUAUUUUCAAGUACCAUUAGACAAAUUAGAUCGACCAAAAACAGCAUUUUCAACUCGAGAUGGACAUUUUCAAUUUCGAGUAUUACCACAAGGUCUUACUAAUGGACCACCAACAUUUCAACGUAUUGUUAAUCAAAUAUUAGGUCCAAACAGAUGGAAACAUGUACUCGCCUAUAUCGAUGAUAUUAUUAUUUACUCACAAAAUUUUAAUGAACAUUUAAAACAUAUUGAAGAAGUGUGUUUAUUAUUACAAGAAGCAAAUUUUAAAUUAAAUGUUGAUAAAUGCGAAGUUGCAAGAACAGAAAUAUUAUUUCUUGGACAUUUAAUUAAAGCAGGUACUAUUAAACCUGAUCCAGAAAACAUUCGUGGUUUGACUGCAACACGUGAACCAACGUCAGCUGAAGAAGCAUUUAGAUUCGUCAAAGCAGCAGAAUAUUACCGAAAAUUUAUUCCAAAAUUUUCCACCAUCGCUGCACCAUUACAUCAAUAUUCUCCAGCAACAGUACAACAACAAAAGAAUAAUAAAAAAUUAAAAUUUGAAUUAUCUGCUGAAGCUAGAACAGCAUUCCACCAACUAAAGAAAAUAUUAACAACCGAUCUUAUUCUCGAUUUACCUGAUGAUACAUUAUUAUUUAAAUUACAAACUGAUGCUUCUGUAGAUGGAAUUGGUGCUGUUCUAUUACAAAUUACUCCCAAUGGUGAUCGACCAUUAGCAUAUAUGUCCAAGAAAUUAACAAAAGCACAAACUAAGUGGCCAACAAUUGAACAAGAAUGUUAUGCAAUAGUACAAGCAAUAGAAAAAUGGGACAAAUAUCUUCGUGGACAUGAAUUUAUGUUAGAAACUGACCAUGAACCAUUAAUUCAUUUUACAAACAAAGAACAACUAAAUAAAAGAUGUGAACGAUGGCGAUUAAAAUUAGCUGAAUAUCGAUUUAAGGUGAAACAUAUUCAAGGUAAGAAAAAUUAUAUGGCAGAUUAUCUUUCAAGAUCACCAGUCGACAUAGCUGAAGAAGAUAUUGAAGAACGAACUCAGUAUGAAUCAACAUCAACACAAACAGAUUUAUCAUUUUCAUCAUUAAAUGAUAAUUUGAUUCCAUUAAAAAUAACAACAGCGAUUACUAGAGCUCAAGCCAAAUUACAACAACAAGCAAUGGCAACACCACCUAUUAAACCGACGAAUGAAAAAAUUAAUGAGCUCAUCCCACAAGGAAAAGCAGCGACUGAUGAAGAACUGAUAAUCAAACCAUCAGAUGAAAAUCCAAAUAAGAUCAUCCCAUUUGAUAUGGAUGACUUAAGAAAAUGUCAAGAAGAAGAUAAAACAAUUCAAGAAAUAAAAAAGAAUAUUAAGAAUAAAAAACAUUAUUUUAUUGAAGAUGGAAUAUUAUUUAAAAAACAACAACUACCAUUUCUAUCUGUACCAUAUGUUCCAGCAGGACGAAUACGUGCUGAUAUAUUAAAAAUUUAUCAUGAUACACCUGCUAAUGGAGCUCAUUUUGGACGUGACAAAACAAUAAGAAAAAUUCAAGAACGUUAUUAUUCGCCAACAAUGAUAGCAGAUAUUAGAAAUCAUUUAGAUUCAUGUUUACCAUGUGCACAAAAUAAUUAUCGUCGUCAAAAAUUACCAGGAAAAUUAAAACCAAUACCACCACCAGAAGGAAUAUGGAAAUUAUUAAGUAUGGAUUUUCAUGGUCCAAUAACUCCAACAUCAAAAAAAGGAAAUAGAUACAUUAUAUCUCUAACAGAUGUAUUAUCAAAAUUUGUUAUCACAAAAGCUGUUCGAGAUUGCUCAGCAACAACAGCCGUGAAAUUUCUUAUAAACGAUGUUAUAUUAAAAUAUGGCACUCCAACAUGUAUAUUAACCGAUAAUGGUACUCAUUUUACUUCUCAAGUUAUGAACAAAUUAUUUGAAAAUAUUGGAGUCACUCAUCUCUAUUCUACAGUAUAUCAUCCACAGACAAAUGGACAAAUUGAACGAUUCAAUGCAACUAUGGAUGGAAAAAUUGCCGCUUUAUGUAAUGAACGACGUACAGACUGGGAUGAAGUAUUACAAUUUGUUACAUUUAAUUAUAAUACAUCAAUACAUGCAACAACAAAACAAACACCAUUCGAAAUGAUGCAUGGAAGACAAGUUACACUUCCAUUUGAUCAACAAAAAGAAAUUAUUUCGCUCACACAAGAUCCAGAGCACAGUCAAAAAAUUAGGAUAUAUCUCGAAAAAUUAGUAAAUGAAGCUCGAAACAAUAUUAUAAAAAAUCAACAACAAUAUAAAGCUCGAUAUGAUUUACAUAGACAAGAUUUAUCAUUAAAACUCAAUGAUCUAGUUUUGGUAAAAACAAGAAACAUUAGAAAUAAAUUUGAUAUACGAUAUGAAGGUCCAUUUAAAAUUAUAAAACAAUUAGGAAUUAAAACAUUUAUUGUCCAACAUGUUAAAAAAUUAACGUUAACAAAACAAGUGACAAUGGAUGUUAUCGUUCCAUUGGUGGAACGAUGGAAUUUAAUCCAAUAA